CGUGCUAACAUUGCUACUGCUCUGCCUGCAAUGAGCCCUACGGCUGUCAGGGUCGCACUAAGAGUGAGACCUUUGUCUACCGCCGAACAGUCCCAGGACCAAACUCAGUGUGUGGUUUGCGACUCAGCAGAGAACAAGCUCACUAUUGGAAUCAACUCAAACUACCGUUCGUUUACAUUUGAUCACGUUCUUGACGACACAUUGAAUCAGAAGCACGUGUAUGACACUUGCAUCGGAUCACUGUUUGAUAAAUUCAUUGAAGGUUUCAAUGCAACUAUUGUGGCAUAUGGGCAAACUGGAAGUGGAAAGUCUUAUUCCAUGGGAACAGCAAGCGAUGGUGUUGAUCCAGGAAUUAUACCACGCUUUAUUCAUCAUCUAUUUGCAGCUGUCCCAGAUGCUCAGAUCUCUGCAACCUUUCUUGAACUACAUAAUGAGGAUUUGAUCGACCUUUUAAACCCUGCAUCGAAAAAUAUUUCCAUAAGAGAAGACUCUCGGGGAAAUAUUUAUUGGCUCGGAGCUCAGGAGCAGACAACAGCCAGUCCUGAGCAGCUUUUGUCUGUCUUGCAUAAAGGUACCAUUGCCCGAAGUACAGGUGCAACGGAUAUGAACAAGAGCAGCUCCAGAAGCCAUGCUAUAUUUACCGUCAUUAUGAAGCGCUAUAUUUCCGAAGAAGAAAGCAGUGGCGACAGUGCAACGGACAACGGUGGCAAGAUUGCUCACCACCUAAAGCAAGUGGAAUCAAAAUUUCAUUUCGUCGAUCUUGCUGGCUCAGAAAGACUCAAGAGGACAAAUGCUGUGGGUGACAGGGUUAAAGAAGGCAUUUCCAUCAAUUCUGGGUUAUUGGCUUUGGGAAAUGUCAUCUCAGCCUUAGGUGACGAUAGUCGCAAGACGUCUCAUGUGCCGUACAGAGACUCUAAGCUGACUCGAUUGUUACAAGAUUCUUUGGGAGGCAAUUCACAAACUCUCAUGCUGGCAUGUAUAUCCCCUGCUGAAGAAGACUUUGUCGAAACCUUGAGUACAUUGAAGUAUGCCAAUCGAGCUCGCAAUAUCAAGAAUAACGUUGUCCAAAACUUUGAACAAUCUGAGAACGACCCGGAACGAUACCGUAAGACGAUAGUGCGACUAAAAGCAGAGAUCGCAGAACAAGAAAGCUUCAUGACCGCAGCCAUCAACGAAAUCGAUAACCUAAAGGAGAGUUUGAAUUCGGCUGUGCGGGAAAAAGAGCAUUUCAGCACGAUUGUCAAUGCCCAGUCCAGCGACAAUGAUACCACCAAAGUUCUCCAAACCUUCACGACGAAAAUCGAACAACUGGAGCAGGAAAAUAGAAAACUUCGAUCGCAAUCCGCUCAUCUCACAGUAUCCACCAAAAAAUCAUCUACGGAAAAUGCAGGUGUACCAGAUGGCCAACUGUCUCCACGACGAGUUCGAAAGAGGAAAGUUGUGAAGCAGCACCCAAAUCGGAACUCUCAAAUACGGGCCUCUUUGUCGCGAGAAAAUACUAAUUCAGAUGAAGCAUAUGGUCUAUCUGCUAUCGAUUUUGACGGACUGCUAAGACAUCGAAUCGCCAUUGAAACGGGAACCGACCCCUCGCCGGGAAUGGUCUCCAAGGCUAUCAAUGACAGUCUUAAAGUUUUAGAUGCGCUGAAGAAAUAUGCCAAGAGCGCCGAAGCGCGCAGCUCGUCUCGGACAGAAACAACCGCCCUAGUUGCCAGAGCGCAACGCCAAAUUGAACAUAACGCUAAGGCGAUGUUACAGAUGCUCAGUAAAGGUGACACUUGCGGACACACGGUUGGGAAACUUGAGUCGUCCAUGGCACCCAAAGGAUAUAGUAGAUCGACCGACGCCAAAAAUAAAGCACUGGCAAAGGAAAACCAAGCUCUCAAAAAGAAACUAGCUGAAUUAACCAAGCAGCAGACUCAAGCCAAGACAAAGACAGAUGAUGCACAGCAAAAGUUACAAUCGCAGAUGGACGAAUUAAAACACGAGAAGCGAAAAUUGCUCCGUCGUAUCAAGCAAGAGUCAGACCGAUCUAAGGAACGCCUUACAAGCUUGGAGCAACAAAUUAAGCAGUUACAAAAGGUAGAAGAUGGCAAAAAGAAGGCCGAAACAGCGGUGGCAAGAGAGAGAGCAGCCAAAACUCGAUCACAAGAUGAUGCCCAUAAAUGUGCUGGCGACCUUUAUACCAUCUCGUCUUUCUUGUCCAAAGCCAUCGCCUCCAAUGCCAACGUCGAUAGAAAACUGGUCAUCAAGGCGCUAGGCAUAGCUAAUGUCAGAGCUUGUAUCAAUGUGCCACCAAAAUCUUCCAGCAAACGUACCCAACCUACUAAAAAGGUCGGAACAAAGACCAUGACAAUGCAGCAGCGAGUUGCCAAGAAGCAACACAUUUUAGAUUGUGCCUUAAAUUAUUGCAUGCAAAAUAAGCACGUAUUAUCUAGCAUUAAUUUGUUCAAGCAGAAGAAAGCAAACUUAGAAAAAGAGUUAGAAACCCUCUUGUCAGAACGGGCAGUUGUGCUGGCAGAUGAGCUGGAACAAGCAAAGCAGUCUGGCAUCAGCUUUGAUGAGCUUCAACCCAUGUACAUGGAUGAGCGUAUCGAAGAAGUUAUGGUUGAAAUUUAUCAUUGGCAAUGUAGAAUAGGUACCUUACAGAUUGCCACAGAAGGCAUGAAAACACAAGUAGACGGCGAUGCUACUCAAGUGGCUGGUAAACUUGAUUACAAUAUUGCACGCGAAGUAUCCGCCUCACUUGUGAAGAGCUUGGAACCCGAUGAAGCUACCGUUGUCUUCGAAACGCUACUGGAUGAAAUGAUCGACCUCAAAGGUUACAAGACCAUCCAGGAGCCUUACCAUGCACUCCUCGAAUCCGUUAACCGUGAUCUGACUUCAGGUGUAUGCGCCAUGUACCAAAAGGUUUCUCAGUCUGUUCAACUGGCACAGGCCGCCGUAAUCCAAAAUCCAGACUUCAUGUCGGGCUUGAUGGAGCUCUACCACCAGGUGUUGCAAGCAUAUGCCAUAGCCCGGAAGGUGGACAUGGCAUAUAAACAACCUAAAACCGUGUCAGAUCUAGUCCCUCGAUCCUCUGGCAUUCCAAGAUCUUGCUCCAUGCUGAAUAUCCCUACUACUCCCAAUUUAUCUACCCUUGUCAAUAGAACUUCCCCGUCCACCACAUCGUCUAUCAAGCCAGCCCGUUAAUACCCCCUACAGGCGAUCAGUUCAAGAUACCACAAUGGUCACCCAGCUAGAUUACUAUUGGUUUUUUUUUUCUCCUUCAUUGUAUACCAAUCACUUUUUCUCUUUCUGAAUGAAAGAGAAGCCGUUUGUUUCCCCUAUUUUCCGUUAUAUAAUUGUGUGUGUUUGAUACAUUUUAUUUUGAGUUUUCUUGGAUACUUCCUUUCAUUUGCGCU